AUGGGGAGCGGGGCCAGUGCUGAGGACAAAGAGAUGGCCAAGAGGUCCAAGGAGCUGGAGAAGAAGCUCCAGGAGGAUGCGGAUAAGGAGGCCAAGACAGUCAAGUUGCUGCUGCUUGGGGCUGGAGAGUCAGGGAAGAGCACCAUCGUGAAGCAGAUGAAGAUCAUCCACCAAGACGGUUACACGGAGGAAGAGUGCAUGGAGUUCAAGUCCAUCAUCUAUGGGAACAUCCUCCAGUCCAUCCUGGCCAUCAUCCGUGCCAUGUCUACGCUGGGCAUCGACUAUGCCGAGUCCUCCUGCGCGGAUGAAGGCCGGCUGCUCUUCAACCUGGCUGACUCCAUCGAGGAGGGCACGAUGCCCCCCGAGCUGGUCACCUGCAUCAAGAAGCUGUGGAAGGAUGGGGGGGUUCAGGCGUGCUUUGACCGCGCCGCCGAGUAUCAGCUCAACGACUCAGCCGCGUAUUACCUGAACCAGCUGGACAGGAUCACGGCCCCCAACUACCUCCCCAAUGAGCAGGAUGUGUUGCGAUCCAGAGUGAAGACCACAGGGAUCAUCGAGACCAAGUUCUCUGUCAAAGACCUGAAUUUCAGGAUGUUCGAUGUGGGAGGGCAGCGCUCAGAGAGGAAGAAGUGGAUCCACUGCUUUGAGGGGGUGACCUGCAUCAUCUUCUGCGGGGCCCUGAGCGCCUAUGACAUGGUGCUGGUGGAGGACGACGAAGUGAACCGGAUGCAUGAAUCCCUGCACCUAUUCAACAGUAUAUGCAACCACAAGUUCUUUGCUGCCACCUCUAUCAUCCUCUUCCUCAACAAGAAGGACCUUUUUGAGGAAAAGAUCAAGAAAGUCCAUCUCAGCAUCUGCUUCCCAGAGUACGACGGUCCAAACACGUUUGAGGAUGCAGGGAAUUACAUCAAGACCCAGUUCCUGGACCUCAACAUGAGGAAGGACGUGAAGGAGAUCUACAGCCACAUGACCUGUGCCACAGACACGCAGAACGUCAAGUUCGUCUUCGACGCCGUCACAGACGUGAUCAUCAAAGAGAACCUCAAGGACUGCGGCCUCUUCUGA